AUGUUCUGUCGGCAGCGAUCUAUCAUCUUAACAAGCCUCUGGCCUCUGCUUUUGGUCAUCUUACGUCCCCACGUUCACGCUCAGAGCAUCUCUACCAGCGGCCCCGUCCCUCCAUUGCAGUGGAUCAACAUUACUGGCCUUACUACUGGAUCGGCUCCCCCUGCUCUGAAAGAUGCCUCAAUCGGAUACUACGACGGCACCAGGACACUCUUGAUAUUUGGCGGAGAAUCUGCCCAGGGAAUCCCUCAGUCUGAGACCUAUCUUCUUAAUCUCGAAUCCCUUGCAUGGUCUACGAACAACCCACCUAAUGGCCUGGGUACCGUGCCUCCCGCCAGAAGUGCUGCCAUCAGCGCGGACGACUCCGCUGCUAGCUACCGUUCAGCGCAUAUAGUCAUAGGCGGCUUAGGUUCUGGUGGGAAGGCUUUGUCCGAUGUCUGGGAAUUCGACUACAUCAGCCAGUUCUGGUCUGAAGUGAUGGUAUCGUCGGGAGGACCAUCCGCACGCUACGGUGCUAUAGGUGGCAAGGAUCAACGCACGCCCUAUACAUGGACCGAUACAGCGACGCCGAACAAUUCCUUUUACCUCGCCGGUGGUAUCUCCGGUGAUUCGGUGUCGCCUCUCUCGGACGUGUGGCAGUUGAACGUCACAGGAGCUUUGUCAUCGAACAACCCCAAUUCCGUGCAAGCGGGUUGGAUGCAGUUGUCCCUGCAGUCUCACAAUAUCCCUUCGAAGGUUGGAGCCGCGGGUGCAGUGGUCUCCUCUUCUGCCCAGGACAUCAUCGCAUUCGGUGGUUGUACCUCAUCGAGCGAGCUCACGCCCAGAACUUCGUGUGCACAAGCCGAUUCGUACAUCAUCAACACCGGCGAAGAUGUAAUCAGCCCCUCGAACGCUUGCCCUGUGCCGCGAUUGGGUGCGACUCUAGUACCCAAUAGCAACAGCCAAUCUACCGAUUUCAAUAAUCAAGUAUUUCUGGUGUUCGGGUUGUACAACAGCUCGCUCUGGUCUGAUGACGGUGGACUCGAGAAGGGUGAAGUUGUGAGUGUUUGGAACCGUGUACUGCCGACCGGAGAUCCGGGACAAGACGGCACCGAUUCCCAGGCUUACCCAUCUCCACGCCAGGGAGCUGUGGGACUGUCAUACACAUCGGCCCUAGUGGGAUCCUCCGGUAACACUGUCUCCGACUCGAUAUUCUUCGGUGGCGUCGACGCGGAUGGAAACUACCUCAAUGAAGUUUGGGUCUUGCGGGCGUAUAACGCACAACUGACGCAAAGCAAUCAGUCCUGGACGAACGGCAGUGGUUCACUGACCGGCGGUAUCGAUUCGACGGGGCAAGGCGUGACCGUGCAGUUCAUGACGCAGUGUGCCAGAGCACUCAGCCCGCAAGCGACUCAGACGAGUGCACAGGCAUCUGGUACUGGCGGAGGCCCGUCUCCUACAUCCCCAUCAUCGCAAACAUCGACACCCCCUUACGAUACCUCCGUUGCCCACAAGGCAUUGUCGCCGAUAUCUCUCGCUCUCAUUUUCCCGGCGGUCAUCGGUGCUCGGCUGGCGAUGGCAUCUGUGACCUUCAUGCAGCCGCCUGGUAACGUCGUUAUAGCCGUUUCAUCGGUCGUCGUGGCCAUCGCAGCGUAUGCUUUGGGGGUGGCUGGCCUGGCUACAUCCUUCACCACCAUCACCUCCGUUACCUCCUCUUCCUCGACGUCUUUGAGCAAGCGCUCUUCGGCUUUGUCUAUGGCGCUGAAGACGGCACACGGCAAGGCCGGCCUAGCUUUGUUCAUAAUACUCUACGGCGUCGUCCCCCUACUCUUCGCUAUUUCUGCGUGUUACCGACGCAGCCCCCCUCGCCAUGUCGACGAACCGAGCAGCAAUGCUCCAGACGGCAGACCCCGCGUCAACUCCAUCGAAACCGCUGAGAAAGAAGGCCUCUACAAUGGACGUGCGGUGAGCCCGUUGCGCUCGGCAGACACGCCUACAGACAAGCCACGGACCCGUACGCGAUCAUGGGCGGGGAUCAGUCAUCUAGGUGUCACAGGCAGACGCUCCAGCGAAAGCACCCAUGAUAGCCUCGGCGGACCUUCACCAUCACAUCGUUCCUUCGAAGUCGUCAAUCGACCUGCUCGCACAAGGCGCGCCAGCGCUAACAGUCUGGCGGCGUUCUCUGACCCGCGCAGACCGGGCUCUCCGAGAAAUCUUGGUGAUACGAGCUGGUUCGAGGGCCGGCGGAGCACAUCUGCUAUGGGCGAACUCCACUACCCACUCAACGAGCUCAAUCACAGAGCAGACCCCAGUACGCCCGGAACCACUAUACUCGACAUGACUAGCACAAGCGGCCUCAUGACUCCCGCAGGUCCAAUGACACCCGAAAUGCCUCGACCUUUCGACCUCUUCCUUCACGUUCUCUUCCAUGCAUUGCUUUUCGCCCUCUGUAUACUCUCACUAAUCGAGCUCUGGCUGCGCGCGCCUAAGGCAGCGUUCAUCGUCUUCCUGAUAGGGACGGUGCUAUUCUACGUUGCCUUGUUUGCGCUCGCGUGGUCAGGGAGGCCCAGAUACUCAGUGCUCACCGCAUUGUUGGCUCGUUUGCGCGGCCACCCCACACAUCCUGGCUAUACACCAGGAACCGCCACGCCCUCGCGACCGUUGUCUGCAACAGAAUCCGAAGUCCCCUUCCCGACCGAGCAGCGCAGUCCUUACCAGCACUACCCUCCGUACAGGGCGGCGUCUACUGUGCCCGACGAGUAUCCCACCUCUGUCUCGCAUGGACAUGCGAUGAACGAGGUUGAUGACGACGAUGAGGAGGACGAGGAUAUUCGACAGCGCAGGAUCGAGGAUGAGAUGAGCAGGCGCGAUGUCUCCAUCGUCACCGUACCGAGGCGCAAGCUCUUCCUCACUAACCCGGAGCUUGACCGUGGCUAG